GUAGUCAGUCCACGUCGCAACGUCACACCGUCAGAGUCGUGUGUUACUAGUCACUAGUCACUGUAGUCAUAGUCACUACGCCCCGUGACCGCAUGCUAAACGACACUCGCACACUAACUACUAUAGACCCACUCACUCAGUUACUGUCACAAGGAACAUGUGGUGUAUAGAUACUUCAGUGCACACGCAUGUUCGUCAGUGAAAGUUUGUUUACCGUUGUAAUUGUCAAUCGGCUUGUUUACGUUUGACAGUGUUUUCAUAUUUUACAAAAUUUAAAAGUGCGCAGUGAGUCCUAGCAUGCGCUCAUCCGGGCGAGCAUCGGAGACCCGAACGGUGGAACGCGAAGGUGUCGCGCAAAGUCGAGUGCUGUGAAGUAUAUAUCGCCACGAUGAGGAAGGACAUCAAGAAAUCUUCGUACUACGUGUGGUUCCUCGGUGCACAGGAGGCCAAAGGACUUCGAGGUUUGGAAUACAUCGCACCCGUCGUCCGCGACCUCGUCGACCGGGAGCGGGAAGUGGAGCCAUUCAAAGUAACACUCCAAGUCAGCCACAAGGGGUUAAAGAUAGUCCAGAACGUCCCGGCAGCGGGGGUCGCCAUAGCGAGAGGUAAACCUGCUCCUAAAGCAUCCGGAAAGCCGGAAGUAGUGAAACAUUUCAUCCCGCACCACGCGGUAACCUGUGUGCAUCAACAAGAAGACUUGGUGGCGUGUAUACUGCUGCUGUUCAACCCCGUCACAGAGUGUCCGGUCCACGUACAUGCUUACAGAUGUGACUCUGUCGAGACUGCCACAGUUCUGCAUCGUCAGUUGAGGGUCCUCAUAGAUCGUCCAGACAACCAGAAGAAACUCGGAGAGAUAGAGGCCCGACUGACAGCUAAGGGCUUGCUCGGGCCUCAGACACGCAAGAGAGUCCCGGUCACGGGGUCCGAUGGUCGCAGCACUAGGGAGUCGGAGUCUUCGGGAGGAUCCUCUUCCGAGCGAUUAUCCGGUGUCGGUAACCCAGAGCGACUCGCCAAUCUGUACGACUCUUUGGCUGCCGAGCUGAGGGAGAAGCUGGGUACCAAGGGGUCGCAGGCUCACGCGCCCAUCCUGCUGCCUCCUAGAGACUACGACACCGUGCAUCGUCAGAAAGGGAAUCUAUCGCACAUCAACGCGAGGAGAUGUCUCAACAGCAACAUCGUCGGUGUCAACGUCACUGCCACGGGAGGUCCUGGAGUAGCAGCCGUGGGGUCUAGUGGAGGGUCCAGUGGUAUCGGCAGUGACCACGCUCCUAGUCCCGACCACGACCCCGCGCCUUUACCUGACCCCGACCGCUUCCUCGACAACCAGUCCACCUCCGAUGAGGAGUGGAAUGCAGAGGCUAACAAGGAUUCACUGUUCCUGGUCCAGGGUGGAGGUGAGAUGUCUCUGCCUCGUGCCAGACGCCUCAACAGCAGCAACAGUGGUCGCGGUCAGAACCACACUGGCGAACAAGUCAUUCAUCCAGACCUUGUCAAGUUAAAGAAACACUAUGGUGCAGAGUUCAAUUCUCAAACAGAUUCCCACCCGUCCAGUGGCCAGCGAAGGAGGAGGAAUGCAGAAGAGCGUCAAAGAUCCCCUUCACCGACUGAUGCUGGAUCCACAAUAGGAUCUCCAACUCCACGAGAUAGAUUCAACGAUGCAAAAGAAAAAUUUCUAUCUCUUGAGAGAGAAAAACAAGAAGAGAGAGAACGACAAGAGAAAGCGAUUAUGAAUGAACGAAGGAGGAAUACUCAGUCCAUCGAACCUCCUAUUCUUCCAGCAAUGAUGCCUGUUGAACGAUCAAGACCCACUCGAAGCUGGUCGAGAAGUAAAGACUCUGAGGACGAAUUAGAAGAUUUAUCACAACGAGGAUACUCAAAUAAUAUCGAUAAUUAUAAGUACCAUAACAACAGAGAUUUUGUUCCGGCUCUCAGAAGGGAACCCUCCUAUAUUAGGAGUCAGUCUCAUGGCAGCAUUCCAGACUCAGAGGAAUAUCCACAAAGGCAACAAGGAAAACACCGAGGAGCACCAUUUGCUCAUAGAGAAGAUAGACAUCUCAGUCCUCCCAGAGGUAACUUAGAUAACCAUGGCUAUAACAUGCCAGAAGAAAUAAAUAAACCAUCCCAUAUGAAUCGUAGGUACACUAGUCCUAGAAGAGAACCGAGUCCUGAAAUUAAGCAAAGAAAAGAACGGUGCACUAGUCCUGUGAUGAAUAGUUCAAGACCUCCUCCUAGGAAGUUUACCGAGGAUAGUCCAGUUGAAGAUAGAAAUUCAAGAUUUGUUGGGAAAAUUCCAAGAGGUCACUUAAGUAUAAAUCAAGUGCCAUUAGCUGAAAGCAAUAAUUCAAUACCUUUAGAACGAUACAGAAGUCCUACGAGGGUUAAUCCUCCUCCUAGACCUUCGAUGAGGCAUCAGAGAUAUCCAACAACCACCAGUGAGGAGGAAGAGGACCGCAGGGAUUAUAGACACAUGAUGCACCCAGAGGCGAUGAACUUCCCACCAAGAGCCAUGCAGUAUGACAAGAAGCGAAGAUCUAUGUACGAAUCAAUCGAAGAUGAAAGACGAAGGAACUCCAAUGAGCUUGCCAAAGAGUUCAAGCGAAGAUCUUAUCAAGACCACGGACCAAAUAUAGAAUCAAAUAGUUUAGGAUACCAAGAGUUAGACGAACGUGAGAGGUAUCCUGGAUUAGAUAGAGAAACUGCAAGACCACAUCAGCCAGAAGAAGUACCGACAUUGUCACCGAGGUAUCGGCACAGUUAUGCUGAACCCUUUCACCAAUACCAACAACCUAUGCAGCCACAUCAUGAAAUGCUCCAUCGCACUAACAGCUCAUUAUCCUCUGGUAGGGUGGGAAUGGCUGCCAUUCAUCCAUACUGAGUCUUCACCAAUGUGUGUGUGCUGAGUAAUAUAAAAUGCUUGAUUUCAUUAUUCAAGCAGCAAGUCUCUUAACUAUAAGUAAAAUGCUCUGUAUAUUCAAGUAUGUUAUUAAUUAUGGCUGGAUCCCUAUAAUCAGUCCUCAAACAAUUAGAUAUUACAGAUUAUUACUGUCAGUUUAUAAGCUUCCCACUCACAAUUUGUGAUAAUCUAUUACUCAACAAGUAAGAUAUUCAUUAUUGUUGCUAAAAAUUGCUAAACAGUAAAAUCAUAAUUCCUUGUGAUGCACAAAACACUACAUGAACUAUAUGAGUGUUUAUGAAAGUAAUUAACAGCCUUCUAAUUACUCCGUUGUACUAUUUCAUGGCUCACUGUUUCCACAACUAACUACUGUAGACAUAAUAUCUCAAAAUGUUUAGGGUAACAUUAUGCAUGUACUUACUACCUCUUUUGUAAGGAUAUUUAACUGUUUUGUACUACUUUGAAACAAUUAUCUGUGAAUAGCAUUCAAUUUGUAAAUUGUAUUAAAUGUUUACCAUGUAUCAUAGAUCUAUUAUAAAUUUUAUUUAUUUAUCAUGUAAUAAUUUGUACUAUUAGUACCAGUACUGAUACUGAAAUUAACACCAUUAAUACUGUGUUAUAACUUUUUAAUUAACUGAGGCUGAGUGAUGUCAUAGAAAGCUUAACUCACUGAUUUUUCAGGAAAUUAGUGUAGACAGUCCAAACCGAUUGAAUUAUCAUGCCAAUAAACAGAAUAUUUCUUUAGUCUA